CCACGGCGGGAAAGUGGGCUUGGCCAGCCAAGGCACCGGGUACAUCUUCUCCGCGUACGUCACCGUGUCAAGCUCGGGAAGUUGCUCCCGGAUCGGCGGCGGCUUCCGCAAUGGAUCACAGUGAAGAACUCUGGCUGUCUCUGAAGCCCACUGAGCCACUAUCAUCUCAGUGCUGUGGCAGUGGCUGCAAACCCUGCAUUUAUGACAUAUACCAGAAGGACCUGGCAAAGUGGGAAGAGGCCAAGGCAAAAGGGGAUAUAAGCCUUCUCUCCAGGAAGAAGCAGCAAAGUAGCAAUUCAGGCCUAACUCCAGAAACAUUUACAGCUUUCAUCAUAAGCUCUGUGACUCAAUUGACAGAGGACACCUACCAGUACACAUUUGAAUUGCCUGGAAACAGCAGCUUGGGGCUGAGUUUGGGACAACAUAUUGUGCUGAGAGGAGUAGUGAACAGCUUGGAGGUUCAGAGAGCUUAUACUCCAAUUACGCCUGUGAAUGCUGAAGGGUACUUUGAAGUUUUAAUAAAGUGCUAUAAAACUGGACUAAUGUCCCAAUAUAUAAAAUCAUGGAAAACAGGAGAUGCCAUUUUUUGGAGAGGACCAUUUGGAGGCUUUCCUUACACAGCCAAUCAGCAUGGAGAACUACUCAUGCUUGCUUCUGGCACAGGUAUAGCACCAAUGCUUCCUAUUAUUCGGUACGUAACUGAAAAUGAAGAUGAUGAAACUUUUGUAACUCUGGUAGGCUGCUUCCGAACUUUUGAAAAUAUUUACAUGAAAGCUCUUCUUCAAGAACAGUCUCGAUUCUGGAACAUAAGGACAUUUUAUGUAUUAAGCCAGGAACAUUCACUUAAAAAUCUGCCAUGGAGCUUUCAAGAGACUACGCAUCUUGGUCGAAUAAAUGAAAACCUGAUUAAGAGUAUGGUGAACAUGUGUAGAAGGCAACCUUUUGUAUUAGUAUGUGGCUCAGUAACAUUUAAUGAAGAUAUAGAGAAGUGCUUGAAAGCAAUUGGUUUUGAAAAAGAGUCAUAUUUUAUAUUCUAAGUCGCUUCAAAUAAAGUGGGUAUCUUGGCUACAAAAAUUGUUAA